AUGCCAACAGCUGAUUCUGAAUUCGAAUUGGAGUUUUCGGAUUUGGAAGAUCCGUUAGAUUUCUUGGAUUCCCCUACUUGGUCUCAACGACUGAAAUCAUACGUGAAUCGUUCCAAAAAUUAUUUGAAGAAAUGGUACUACGUAACGCCAUUCAAUACUGGCAUCGAAUUGCAAACCUGGAAUGGUACAGAACUGCAAGAUGACGAUGAUAAUGACCAUAUAUUUGACAACAUCGGGGUUGUUAGAGCGAAAAAGAAAACAUACAUUUGGAAAUGGAUAACGUUUGUGCUUUCCAUAAUAGCUACGUUACUCCUUUCGAUACUGGUUAUAUCAUCGCUUAAGCAUAAACAGAAGAAAUUAACGCAUUCUGCUGCUAAGUUGGAACCAGGCUCAACAUCUUUUAAGACAUUGGUCAUCUCUUUAGAUGGGUUCCAUCCGGGGUACAUCAGUGAGUUAAGAACUCCCUUCUUAAAUCAGUUAUUCACACCUUCGAACCAGAUUAACGACACGUUAGUGGCUCCGUAUAUGAUUCCCUCAUUCCCAUCGCAAACUUUCCCAAACCAUUGGACAAUGAUUACUGGGCAGUUUCCCCAUCAUCAUGGUAUCAUCGCAAACAGGUUUUGGGAUAGUAAGAAUGAUGUGGAAUUUCAGAUAAACGAUAUCUCAUCGCGUAUGAACACCUUCUGGAAUCAAUCGUAUCCUUUAUGGUUCUUUACGAACGAAAUUCAUUUAAAUACUCACACGCACAUGUGGCCCGGUAGUGAACAGAUACACAGUGAUCCAUUGAGAAAUCCGACCAUAGUGGAUAGUUUCAAUAUCGACGAACCCUUAAAUGAUAAAUUAAACACUAUCAGAACAGCAUUACAAAAUGAAUCUACUACUUUAACAUUUGCUUAUGUACCUGUUGUUGACACCAUGGGGCACAAAUAUGGGAACUUAAUUGAUUCCGGUCAUUCUAAGGUAUUGAAAGAAGUGGAUGAUUUUUUGGAACAGCUGUUUGCUGACGUGGAUGAAAACGUAAACAUCUUGGUAAUAAGUGACCACGGGAUGAGUACCAUCCUCAAAGAAAAUGUUUACGUAUGGGAGACGUUAUUUGGUGAUUUGAGCACAAUUCCAGCGAUCGUUAAAUUGUACGAUGAUGCAAAUACUCUGAUAUAUACUAAUCAGGAAGAUAUGGAAACGGCAUACAAACAAUUAGAUCCUCACAUUCCUGAACAAUGUGAACUUGUACGAUCUACGGAUAUUUUCCCAGAUGUGUCUAACGAAAUUAUACAUGAGCGCAUUCCGCAAUUGCUUAUCACUUGUGAGCCUGGGUAUCAAAUAGUGAGACAGUCCAAGUACGAUAAGUUACCGAAAAGAUUCGGUACACAUGGAUUCCGCAAAGAUCAUCCUGAUAUGAGAUCCUUGUUCUUGGGGAAAGGACCCUUUUUCGCUGAUUUACGGUCGAAUUUGAAUGAUCAAUACAUCAAACCUUUUGAUAACAUCCAAAUCUUCUCGUUACUUUUGCAAUUAUGUGGAACAGACGACAUAGAUGUCAAUGUGGAUGCAGAUUUAAAGUUCUGGAAACAUUUAAUUCCAUUGGGUAAGUUCUCAGAAGUAUCGAAGAGUAUGUGGGAAAACUAUCCAGAUAGUGAAUUUAACAAGUUGUGGAACAAUUACAUCGAGGAAACGAUAUCGGAAAAACCUAGUGCUACUACUUCUAGCAUUGCAACCUCCACUAUCAGCCCUACUUCCAGUACUAUCCAUGACUCUACGCCAACUUCAGAGCGCCAUCCAUCAUUGGGCGAAAUUAUAGAUGAAGUGGAAGACACCAUCAACGAUAUUUUACACAAGAUAUGGCCUUCCAAUGAUAAAGGCAAUGAUUAG